CCUGGCACCAUGUCUCAGACGGNGGCUGCUGCGUGCAGCUCCCGCUUCAGGGUGAUCAAGCUGGACCACGGUACUGGGGAGCCCUACAGGCGAGGCCGAUGGACGUGUAUGGAGUACUAUGACCGGGACUCCGAUGGUGGUGUUCUCGGCAGGACUGGAGAUUGCAUUAGGCACAGCAGCACCUUUGAGCAGGCUGCUCAAGAGAGGGACAGUGGCCUCGGUGCCACAGGAGGUUCUGUUGUGGUCUCGGCUGUGCCAGCAUCAGCCCAUGGCCCCGAUUCUAUAGCUGACAGUUCCCUGGCUGCUGUGUCACAGCUGCUCCAGACAGAGAAAAUGAACCAGUCCUCUCUACAGCAACCUAGUUUUGUCAUUGGGCAACCACAGCAGCCGCAACAGCCCGUAGGUGGGGCCAUGCCUCAGAGUACUGCUCAGCCUGCGUUUUCUGGGGCUUCGGGAGCAAGUCAGCAAAUGAUGGUGCCACAGCAACCGCAGCCACAGGUAAAUCCACAGGGUGUUGCACAGGCUGGACCCAACGGGAAAGGCAUGGCAAAUGUGACAGUAGGGCAGCCGAGCGUUCCUGUGGCCCAGCAGCAGGUGCAGCAGGCCAGCAUACCAGUGACUCAGCCUCAACAAUUUGCUUAUUCUCAGUCCCAGAUUCCACCAGUGCACCUACUGCCGACGCAGCCUCCUGGGCAGGCCGAAUACAUGCAGCAUGUGACAAUUAUGCAGUCUCAAGGAGCUGUUCAGCAGGCUACUACAGGUUCUGCUCCAAGUACUGUGGCCUCCAGCCUGCCUGUGGGGCAGGUGAUGGGCCAAAACCCCUCGCCUGUGGGAGCACCAGUGAUGGGGGUGUCAGCACAGCCCGGUGAAGCAGUCGGCCAGGGGUCGGGGUUGCUGCAGAGUGGCCAGGCACAGGCUAGUCAACCUGCCGUCCCACAGCCGGGCCUUGGACAACCAGGGGUUGUGCAACAGAAAUCUGUGACUCAGCAUCCAAUGGGGGGAAGCAGUCAAGUGUCAGGAAUGCCUGGUGCUCCCCAUGCUGUGGUCCCUGGAGUUCAGAGCGUGCCUGCGGUUGUGCCCGGUACAAGUGUGCCUAGUGUGUCCACCACUGCUUCUGUCACUAUGCCAAACGUCCCUGUUACCCUGGUGCAGUCCCAGCUGACGAGCCACCCUUCUGCCAGCAGAAGCACCGGCGCGGUCCAGCCCCAGCACGUGGGACACUCGAUGAUGCAAGGCGCGCCCAGCGCACCCGCCAGUCUGCCUCAGGCAAACCUUGGACAGUUUCAGACCCAGGCCCAGUCUGUAGUAGGCCAGAUUGAUGAUACUAGAAGAAAAUCAGAACCCCUACCUCAGCCACCCCUUUCUCUUAUAGCUGAAAAUAAACCUCUUGUGAAGCCUCCCAUUCCAGACACUCUAGCAAAUCCUCUUCAGUUACCUGCAAGUACUCCUAUCAACAGUCUUGCUAGCUCUGUGUUUGGCAUAUCCAUUCCUGUUGAUGGUGAUGAAGACAGGAAUCCGUCAACUGCAUUCUACCAAGCGUUCCAUUUCAACAAGUUACACGAGCCAAAGGCCUCCUGGGAUAGUGCAUCUGGUGCGAGUGUUGUUGCCAUUGACAACAAAAUAGAACAGGCAAUGGAUCUAGUGAAAAGCCAUUUGAUGUAUGCAGUGAGAGAAGAAGUGGAAGUCCUGAAGGAACAAAUAAAGGAAUUAGUGGAAAGAAACUCUUUACUUGAACGAGAAAACGCACUGUUGAAGUCGCUGUCCAACAACGAUCAGCUGUCCCAGCUCUCCAGCCAGCAGGGCCCCCCCAGCAGCAGCUCCCCGGCGCAGCCCAACGUGUCCUCGGCGUGAGCCCCAGCGCGGCCGCUGCUGUCCGUGUUCGGCCUUUGCAGUAUUAGACAAUCACCCCCGGCCUGGC